AGCUGCAUCGUCAAAUAUCCUGAAAUGAAAGUUAGUCUGAGCAACAGCAGAGCUGCAGUCGAGACAACUGUCUCCGUUUCUCUCUAAAGAAACAUUUAACUGAAUCCAGCAGCUUUUUCUCUACAACAGCAGAAUCUCUGCCUAACACUGAGUGUCGAUAUGUCUGCUGCCAGCUGUCUGCUGACUGAAGAUCAGUUCCUGUGCUCCAUCUGUCUGGAUGUGUUCACUGAUCCAGUCACCAUACCAUGUGGACACAACUUCUGUAAAACCUGCAUCACUAAACACUGGAAUAUUAAUGUCCACUAUCAGUGUCCUAACUGCAAAAGGCUUUUCAACACCAGACCUGAGCUGCAGGUCAAUACCUUCAUCUCUGAGAUGGCUGCUCAGUUCAGACAGUCAGCUCAACAGAAACCCAGCAGGAGCAGCAGCUCAGAGCAACAAGUGUCCAAACCAGGAGAAGUUUCCUGUGAUGUCUGCACUGGAACCAAACUGAAGGCCCUGAAGUCCUGCCUGGUGUGUCUGGGUUCCUACUGUGAGACUCACCUUGAGCCUCAUCUGACAAUGUCAGGUCUGAAAAGACAUCAGCUGAUCGACCCUGUGGAGAACCUGGAAGGCAGCGUGUGUACGAAGCACGAUAAACCUCUGGAGCUGUUCUGUAAGAACGACCAGAUGUGUGUCUGCAUGCUCUGCACCUGCUCAGACCACAAGACACAUGAUGUUGUUCCUCUGAAAGAAGAAUAUGAAGGAAAGAAGGCCAAGCUGGGAAAGACAGAGGCUAAAAUCCAGCAGAUGAUCCAGAAGAGACGAAGGAAGAUUCAGGAGAUCAGACGCUCAGUGGAGCUCAGUGAGGAAGAUGCAGACAGAGAGAUAGCAGAAGGUGUUCAGGUCUUCACCGCUCUGAAGGAGUCUGUUGAGAGAAGCCAGGCCGAGCUCAUCGACACGAUCAAAGAGAAGCAGAGAAAGACCGAGAAACAGGCUGAAGGCUUCAUCAAAGAGCUGGAACAGGAAAUCUCUGAGCUGAAGAAGAGAAGCACUGAGCUGGAGCAGCUCUCACAGUCUGAAGACCACCUCCACUUCCUCCAGAGCUUUGUGUCCCUGAAUGCUGCUCCACCCACCAAAGACUGGACACAAGUCAGGAUCCGUCCACCACAUGAGGGGACUGUGGUGAGAGCUGUGAAUCAGCUGGAGGAGACGCUCAGGAAACAGAUGAAGAAGCUGCUCGCUGAGGCCAAGCUGAAGAUGGUCCAGCAGUUUGCAGUGGAUGUGACACUUGAUCCUGAUACAGCACAUCCAAACCUAACCCUUUCUGAUGAUGGAAAACAAGUUAAACAUGACGAUGUAGAGAAGAAUCUCCCAAACAAUGCAGAGAGAUUUGAUACUUGUAAUUUUGUUUUAUCAAAGCAGAGUUUCUCUUCAGGAAGAUUUUACUACGAGGUUCAGGUUAAAGGGAAGACUUACUGGAAUUUAGGAGUGGCCAGAGAGUCGAUCAACAGGAAGGGAUACAGCCCACCGAAUCCUCAAAAUGGUUACUGGACAAUGUGGUUGAAGAAUGAAAAUAAGUAUGAAGCUCUUGCCUGCAAUGCAGUCAGUCUCUCUCUGAAGACUCGUCCUGAGAAGGUGGGGGUGUUUGUGGAUUAUGAGGAGGGUCUGGUUUCCUUUUAUGAUGUUGAUGCUGCAGCUCUUAUCUACUCCUUUACUGGCUGCUGCUUCACUGAGAAACUCUACCCAUACUUUGGUCCUUGUAAUAACAAUGGUGGUAAAAACUCUGCCCCUCUGAUCAUCUCUCCUGUCAAUCACACUGAGUAGAACCAUUUGAUUUUCUACAAAAGAUUCAGUAUGAUUUAAUGCAAUAAAUGUAUAUUUAGUGGUAUUGUAUGGUUUACAGUACAUUUUUGUUUUUUUUCAGAUUCUGAUCAUAGCAUUUUUUUGCAUUUUGUAUAUUUUUCUGUUAAAUGUUUCUUUGAUUUGUUACAUUGAUUCUUCCUACUACUACAACACCAAUUUUACCACACUGAUUGAUAUUAUUCAAUAUAGUCUCUGACUUAUUCUAAUAACUGCAUUACCUGCUUUCAAUACUGUUGAAUCAUCAGAAAACAAUAUACUCGGAAAUAAGAAACUUUUGCACAUUUUUAAAUUUAAUGUAUUUAUAAGAAGUUUGGCAUACUGGCACAAAUUACUAAAGGGCAGUUAAUAAAUGGUGAAUUCAAUUCUCAAUUACAAUUGUAAAGCCAACAGCACGCAUGUGUAUGGAACGCUACAUAGUGCCACCCAGGGAAGGACUGUUGAUUAAAUGUCCGAGCGCAAAGUCCCACAGCCUAGGUUUAACUUUAACUGAUGUCAAUCUGCAAAAUUUCAGUGAUUCAGUGUGGACAAUGGACAGAUUAAGAAAGAUAAAUUUGCCUCAGAGUACAUUCAUUUCAUUAAAAUUGAAAUGUUUAAAUUAUGUAUUAUCCGGAAUUAAUGGAUGAUGGGGAGGCCAUUACUUCCUGAUUAUGGACACCUUGAAGGGCAUUAUCCCGCUCAUACCAAGAAAAAAAAAAUGAAGACCAUUCAUUAAUAUUUUCAUGCAUUUUGCAAUCAAGAUCUAAAGUUUUUCACAAGGUAUAACUCGGUUUUUCUGGUAACACCUAGGGUUUAAUACUUGGAACAAUCAUAUACCGUGGAAAACAACCUAGGCUUACCCCUUCAAGGCCUAACGGAACAGAGAUACAGAAAAUGGACAAAUAAUCAAACAAUAAAGACUCAUAAUAAUCUUGUAUUAGAACUCGACUAAGCUGUUGCAGAGGCCUUCACCAUGAAUUAUGUUUCCAAUAAACUUUGCUUCCAACUCAAGUUACUACACCUGGGACACCUUACUCCAGUGGACAUCCUUGGUUGUGACUGACAUCAAACCUGUUUGAACUUUAUGCCUUAAAUAUGCUUAAAAAUAGUAUACCUUCUAAAGAACAGCUUGUUAAGCAUUUUCUAUAUGUUAUCACUUGUUUCAUGUAUGAUGUAGAAAGAUGGAGAUUUAAUCAAAUGUAUUACUUGUGUUUUAACUAGAGAUGGUCCGAUACCAUUUUUUCCUUCCUGAUUCUGAUACUUGAACUUACGUAUUGGCACCAUAGGCAUAAUUUAUAGGGGAUGGUGGGUUUGCAGCCCUCCACACCCCCCAUAUUGAAAAAUGGCCGGUGCAACACACACCCCCCAUCCCCCCAAAAUCUAAUUAUAAUUUCCUUUACAUAAAUAAAGACAUUUGCACCAUCAGUUGAUGCAGAAAAGGCACAAAAUCUUGCAGAAAAAUUCACCAGAAUGCAAAAAAAUUAAAAAUGUCAAGUUUGCUCAAAAGUGGAGAUCUAAACCCCCCCCAAUGUUGAACACAAAGUUACGCCCUUGCCGAGUACUGAUACGAAAUCAGUGUGUUAAGAAAUACAAAUAUUUUAUUGUGUUUUAACAGCUGUAUACUACUAUCCCUGUAUAGAUGUGAUAGUUUUUCUAUUUUCAAUCAUAAAGAGAUGUAUUGAUCUGAUUUAUUCAUUUUGAACACAGUAAUAAAGUAAAUACUGUAUAUAACAAA